AUAUUAUACUCGUGGGAAACCGAAAAUGAAUGCUCUAGAGAACAAAGGCACCAUCUUUGUGUGGCGUCUCUAUUAUAUAGGACUAUUGACAAUUGCGUUAGGCGCCAUUUGCGCUUUGAUAUCUCCGAUACGUUUUACGAUCUACAAAUGCCUGGGCUUCAUAUAUAAGGUAUCGAUUAAUCAUAGCGCCAUCACCUAUGGGGACAGCCCUUUGUCCCCAGUUUCGAAACGUCGCCUGGGCAUGGUUAAACGCAAGACCCUUGUGCUGGACAUGGAUGAGACGCUUAUAACGACAGUGUUGGAUCGCAAUGACACUGGUAUGGAGCCCUUGCCAGAAAUACCAUAUGACUACAGUUUUUAUCUGGAGGACUAUGAUUACACGUUUUACGUUUACAAGCGCCCUUAUGUCGACCUGUUCCUAGAAAAGGUCUCCAAGUGGUACGAUGUAACAAUCUAUACUGCAGCUUCCCAGGGCUACGCCGAGCCCGUGCUUGACUUUUUGGAUGCCGGCCGUGGAAUAUUGAGGAAACGACUGUAUCGCCAGCACUGUAUCGAUGUAAUGGGACUGCGGGGCAAGUACGUUUCCCUGGCAAACAGCGACCUUGCCAAUGUGUUGCUUGUGGACAAUUCUGAUGUGGAGUGCAGCUUCAAUGCUGGAAAUUCGGUUCGGAUCAGAUCCUUUCGAGUCGGUCGCCAGGAUGAGGCGCUUCUGAACUUGUUGCCCUUCCUUGACGCACUUCGGUUCACCAGCGAUGUGCGCACCGUUUUAGAACGUUGCACUCGCUAUGAUUGUCUAACCACAGCCAUAGAGAGAUCGUGUCAAGAUAACUCUUUCUGAGCCAACAAAUACUCCAUCAAAAUGUUAUUCCUUACUGUUUUCUUUAACUGUUAAUUUAAUACACUUACCACCUACUA